GUCAAAUUCUUGGAAAAUGACAGAAUGGCCUUCGCGGAUUUGAAAUUUGCAAUGAUCUUCCUGUUCCAGAUAGUCGUUGGAGUUUGGGGAAAUUUCUCGCUCUUAUAUCAUUCUGUGACCCUUGCCUUCAGUGGAUGCAAACCAAGGUCAACCGAUUUAAUUCUCAGGCACCUGACUGUAGCCAACUCCUUGGUCCUUCUCUCCCGAGGAAUCCCAAGGACAAUGGCAGCUUUUGGGUUAAGACAUUUCCUCAAUUAUUUUGGAUGCAAACGUUUAUACAUUCACAGAGUGGCCAGGGGUGUGACCAUUGGCACCAUCUGUCUCCUGAGUGUCUUCCAGGCCAUCACCAUCAGCCCCAGAAAGUCCAGGUGGGCGGAGCUUAAAGCCAAAGCCCUGAAGUACAUCGGGUCCUUCAAUACCCUCUGCUGGGUCCUCCACAUGCUGGUAAAUUUUAUUUUUCCAGUGUUUGCGACUGGCAGAUGGAGUAACAAAACCAUCACAAUGAUGUUCUGUCCUACUCCGCUUCACGACAAAGUCUCAGACUCCACGUAUACAGCAUUGAUAGCCUUUCGUGAUGUUUUAUUUGGGCUCAUGUCCUGGGCCAGCGGCUCAAUGGUGUUCAUCCUGAACAGGCACAGGCAGCGGGUCCAACACAUUCAUAGGACCAAGGCCUCCCCAAGAUCCUCCCCCGAGACCAGAGGCAUCCACACCGACCUUGUUCUGGUAAGCGCCUUUGUAUCUUUUUACACCCUCUCCUUCGUGUUUUAUGUUUAUCUGGCUCUUUGUGAUAAUCCCAAUUGGUGGGUGGUGACCACCUCUAUACUAAUCACCACAGGAUUCCCGACUGUCACGCCCUUUGUUCUCAUGAGCCGUAAUCCCACUGUGUACAGGCUCUGCUCUUUCUGCUGUGGAAGAAAGACAGAAUUCCCUGAUCUCAUCAGAAAAAUAUAAAAUG